AUCAGCCCCCCUGCAGACCUGCCGUCCCCCCAGAGCAUCACUGCAGCCCCAGCCUGAAGAGCGACAUGAAGCCCCUGACCCUCCUGCUGGGCUUCACGGCUCUCCUGCACUCUCUCACCGGCGCCGCAUCAGUGGACUCCAGGAUUAUAAAUGGACACGAGGUGACGCCCCAUUCAAAGCCGUACAUGGCCUCGUUGCAAAUAAAGGGAAGCCAUGUUUGCGGAGGGUUUCUCGUGGGGAAAUCCUUUGUGAUGACGGCGGCUCACUGUUUUACCAGGGGCUCGGAAAUGACUGUGGUUCUGGGGGCUCAUGACAUAAUUACUAGGACUGAGAGAACACAGAGGAUUGCUGUGAGAUUUUAUCACCUAUACCCUGGAUAUGAGAACAAGACUCUGCAGAAUGACAUCAUGCUACUGCAGCUUCAAAAAGAGGCUCAACUGGGCAGCAGGAUACAGUGCAUUCCACUUCCAAAGAAGGAUAAAGAUGUGAAACCAAAUACAGAGUGCAUUGUAGCUGGAUGGGGCGCGACCACAACAGGGGGGGAGGCAAGCUCCAGGCUCCGAGCGGUCAAUGUCACCGUGGUAGACAGGAAAGUUUGCAAAACUGCAUGGAGGGGCCAGAUAACACCAAGGAUGAUGUGUGCUGGAGGAAACGUUGGCAAACGAGGCUUUUGUCAGGGGGACUCAGGGGGCCCUCUGGUGUGCAACAGCAAGAAACCUACUGCCGAAGGAAUCGUUUCAUUCAAUGAGUUGAAAGCCUGUGACAACCCACAAAAACCAAACGUCUACACACAGGUGUCCAAGUACCUGCCCUGGAUCAAGUGUAUAAUGGGAAGCACAAAGCAUCACUGCAGCCCCAGCCUGAAGAGCGACAUGAAGCCCCUGACCCUCCUGCUGGGCUUCACGGCUCUCCUGCACUCUCUCACCGGCGCCGCAUCUUUCGAUUCAGGGAUCAUCAAUGGAAAAAAGGCUCAGGGUAAUUCUCUGAGUUACAUGGCAUCUAUACAGAUGAAUGGAGAGCACAAAUGUGGAGGAUUUCUGGUCAAAAACAACUUUGUGAUGACUGCAGCCCACUGUAACGUCAGUGGCAAGGGUCUUACUGUUGUUCUGGGUUCCCAUAACCUCAAUGAGGUUCAGGAUUCUCAGAGGUUCUCUGUGGCGUCCAUCACCAGACACAACAAGUACAGUAGGAAAUCUCUUCAAAACGACAUCAUGCUCCUUCAGUUAAAGGGAGGCUGGGAUUCUUGGGGGCCGGUUCCGGACAGCAUAGUUGGGGGUCACGAGGCCCCCCCACACUCUCGGCCCUACAUGGCAUCGCUGCAGAUUAAGAAGGUGCACCAGUGCGGGGGGGUGCUGGUGCGGGAGGACUUUGUGCUGACAGCGGCACACUGCAGCGGGAGGCUCACGGUUGUUCUGGGGGCUCAUUCGGUCACACAGAGAGAGGCAUCUCAGCAGAUAUUCAGUGUGCAAAAGAGCUACAGGCCCCCGAAAUACAGAGAGGGCGUUCUGAAGCAUGACAUCAUGCUGCUGAAGCUGAAUCGAAACGCCACUUUGAACCGCUACGUGCAGCCGAUCCCUGUAAAGAGCCGCGGAGACGUGGCAGCGGGAACGGCGUGCAGUACUGCGGGCUGGGGCGACGUCACCGGCGACGAUACCUACCCUGAUAAACUGCAAGAGGUGGAGACGACCGCCCUGAGCAGGCAGGAGUGCGGCAAACGGUGGAUGAGCCAUAUCAGGAUCGACAAAACCAUGACCUGCGCUACAGACCAGGGCUCUGUCAAAGGCUUUUGCUCGGGGGACUCCGGCGGGCCGCUGGUUUGUGGAGGUGCUUCGGUGGGCGUGGUUUCCUUUUCGGGUGCGAAGUGCGGAGACCCCACGUUCCCGGACGUUUACACGCGGAUCGCCAGUUACAGAAAUUGGAUUGAAAAAGUGAUGAUCAGAAAGUAAUCUGAGGAGACGAACAACAUUCACCACCGUGCGUCUCGCUGCCAGCGUCUAACUACACGCAAUCAGAACUGUAAUAUUCCGGGUUUUUGUUUGUUUUUUACAUAAAAUUGACAUUUAGUUGGCCAUUAAAUAUCCCAAACUGUAACAAUUAGAGGUUAAGAUCAGGUGCCCGAUUUAACACUAUUAGACAUUAAGUUUAGAGAAAGGGGGUAGUGUUCUAAAGACUUCAGGGUUGGACAUAAGACUCCUAUUGCAUAGCAGCUUCACCCAUUCCAGGUUUUAAUACAAGCUUGAUUAGUCCCAGUGUAUAGGUAACAAGCUCAGGUGUGUCUGACCAAACUAAUAGUAAAAACAGGAAUGGAUCAAACUGCUAUGCAAUGGGGGUCUUAGUUCCAACCCUGGAAUCUGGGCUCUGAAAGACAAUCUGCACCUAGAUCCAUACUGAGGUUGUGUUUCAUCAAACCCCCCAUAGUGUGUUGUUAUUGUGUGGUUUUAUUUUUGAUGUAUCACAGCGUGAUACUUGUGGCUGCUCUGUAGUUUACAAUACAGUACACUUGACUUUGUUUUUUUAAACAUCUGGGGUAGCAGAAUGUGAUUCUUGUUGUGAAGGAUGUUUUAUUUUUGUAAAUGUAUAUUUUUUUUCCAAAAAGGAAACAAUGCACUGCAGUUUUUUUUAUAUAUAUUGUUUUAUAUAAAGUCAUAGACAAAGGUGAAAAACAUAAUAAAAUCGUUUAAAUUGGAUAAUAAAAAGGCAGGAGUUGCUUCA